AGGAUCCAGUGAGAAAGGCCUUCAGCAAGAUGUCCAUUCAGUUAUAUAAUUAUGGAGAAGGGUUGAUGGGGAAAGUUGCAUCUGAUAAGUGCCACAAGUGGGUCUUCAAAGAGCCCACAGAAUGUGAGCCUAAUAUCUCCAACUACUGGCAGAGCUCCUUUGAUGCUCUUCCUCCUGAAUGGACCGACCAGUUUGAUUCUGGCAUUCAGACUAUUGCUGUAAUUCAAGCUGGACAUGGCCUUCUUCAGCUAGGCUCUUGCAAGAUUAUUCCGGAGGACCUCCAUUUUGUGCUAAGAAUGAGACACACAUUUGAAUCACUUGGAUACCAAUCCGGAUUCUACCUCUCACAACUCUUCUCUUCAACAAGGAACACUUCAUCUUCAACUUCAAUCCCUUCAAAACCAUCUUCCAUUCCAAUUAGGCCUCCAGCACCACUCUUCAACUGGCCUCACAGGCCAUCGCUUCCAUCUUCGGCCGCCUCAAUGCUCUCCUCGCCCAAUUUUGCUGCAUCGAGGAUGGGAUUCCCAAACAAGGACUCUGAGACACACAUGUUUCUCAUGCCACACCAUCACCACCAUCACCAAGAGCAUGGUGCAAGGAUUGAGGACAUGAUUGGAACUAACACUACUAGUGGUGAUCAUGAGAAUGAUAUCAAGUGGCCUAAUGGAUUGUCCUUCUUCAAUGCUUUAACCGGCCGAACCGACGAAGCCAACAAGCUAUUGCAGGAACAAGCAUUGAACAUCAGUCAUCAGAACCCCAAUUCGGAUUCUUCAAGCAUGCAACAAAAUGCAAACCCAAAUGAGUUCCUCAGCUUGGAAACAGGACACCCUGAAGGUGGUUCUGCUGCUGCAAGGAAAAUGGAUAAGUUCAAGAGGAGCUUCACUUUACCUGCAAGAGUUGUUUCAUCAUCUUCAUCAACUUCAAUGGAUCAACAUCAACAACAAGGUAAUGCUGUGGAGUAUAGGAAUUCAGAUGGAGCUAUGUUUCCGGAUGUUAUGGAAACCUUUUUGGAGUGAUCAAUGGAGGGGUUAGAAAAGAAAAAGAAAAAGAAAAAAAAUGGGUUAUUUGUAUUCAUUUUAUCUUAUAUACUGAGUCAAUAUGCAUUUUUUAUACUAAUAAUUGAGUGUGGAAAAAUGUAUAUUUGAUCUUUGUAUGAGAUAAAAUGAGUUUUCAUAAUGUUUCUAUAAGAAAAAGAAAAUGAAUUAUUAGAGUAUAUGUAUCUAGGAAAAGCUAUUUGUGUUUUCCUUUUUACUUUUACCUCUUUAACUUUGUAUCUUUGUGCUUCUUUUUUCAUCUGUCUUCCACUUAAUGAGACUUGAUUAAUGCUCACUUAAUUUCUUUUA